UUUUUAGAUGCCUGCCCUCCCGGUGACACUUUUCUUGCCCUUGCUAUAUCAAUACGUGUCCUAGAGUCAAUAGGUGCGUCCAUGUCUUUCACGUCCAAUUAUGCCCUAGCAACGAGGGAGUUUAGAGACAACACAGCAACAGCAUAUGGGUUCUUGGAAACGUUUGCAGGACUUGGUCACGUCUUAGGUCCCUUGAUCGGUGGCAGUCUCUAUCAGCUGGGAGGGUUUGGACUGUCGUUCUUCGUGUCGGCUCCACUGACGAUCAUAACAGCAACUGUAGCAUUUUUUACUUUACCAACCGAGAAAGAUGAGCAAGAAUUAUCGUCAGACUAUGGACAGUUAAUUAAAUUAGCGAAGAUACCCGCCAUACCGCUGGAACACCUAGCAGUUUGGGUAGGAUAUAUUGGACUUAGCGCUUUAAGUCCCACGCUAGGAGGUCAUUAUGAGAGCGUGGAUUCAUCUGUCCAAGGUAACCAUAUAAUGAUCGGCCUGGCGUUUGCUCUGUGUGGGAUUUUUUACACGUGCUCCGUGUUUUUGUUUGGCUACAUAACAGACAAAUCCAAUCAUUACAAGUUAAUGAUAAUCACGGGACUAGUCGUGACGGCCUUGUCCUUUACUUUCAUUGGACCCUGGGAGCCCCUGACUGACCUAUUUCCAAACAACAAAGGGACAGCAUGGGGAGUUAUCUUGGGGAAUUGUUUAUCUGGCAUUGGGUGCGCCUGUAUCAAUGUGGCCGUCUUGGCGGAUUGUGUAAAUGAAGCCGUGUCUCACGGAUUACCCGAUAAUAUAGUCACAUAUGGCAAUUUGUCAGCAAUAUUUGAUACAUCAAUGGGUCUGGGGAGUUUCAUUGGGCCCUUUAUUGGAGCAGCUAUCGUGGAACAUAAUCCAUUCAGCACGUUAUCGGCAGUCCUUACGGGGCUCUGUCUGGGAGAAGCCGGUCUCCUCGUUCUAUACUGUGCGAUAGUCUUUGCGGUCUUUAAAAGGAGGCAAUACAAGUCCGGAUACAGGAGUAUUGACGGUAACAAUGCCACUUACAGUGACACAAACGACGCCAAAGGAACAUUGCUGUUGCCGCCAAUCCCUUACCCGGCAAUCCAAAAACAAUACGUGCAAUCAGAAUAAAGAUUGAUGAUGACGUCACUUAUAACUAGCCUCGGGGCUGGACUGUAAUUCGACAUACCUGAAGGUCUAACAGUGAUUGCAAUCCUAUUUAGAUCAACAUAUUGCUUAACUGCUAAUAGCAGAAGUUGCUUGGGGAUUUUGUGCCCCUAAUGCCCAUUACCCAUGUGCCUUUAACACACUCUUCUAUCAAAAGAAAAGUCGUGUUUUUAUUCAGUCUAUAGU